AUGUUAUACGCGUCUCAGAAUUUUUAUACGAAAAAAUUUGACUUGGACUAUUUCAUGGAUAGACAAAAGAAUUUCGUGGCACCGAAACAUCGUUUGCAUGAUGUCUAUGUUACUUCAAAACCAUUGAAAGAGUGGCAUAUAAUAGAAGUUUACGUUGGCAAGCUACUGGAGAAUAAUCCAGGGUUAUCAGAAAAUGGUCUUUUCGCGACUUGUUGUCAGAGUUUAAGUUCGUUAUCAAAACAGGUUCCGGAUUGGCCAGAAAGCGUUUCUAAAUACGCCUCCACUUUACUUUCAAAAUGGAAGGGACCUGAGAAAGGUCACUGGUUUGAAAUUGCAAAAAAAGUUAUUCAGCGUGUGCGUAACAAUGAUAAAAUCAAAGUAAAUAACGCUGAACUUCGGCAAAAAGAAACAAUUCAACGGCAGCGAUCUAUGGCUUGUGCAAUUGAACUCGAAACUGAUACAAAUAAUACUCCGCCACAUUUUACUUUAAUAAGUUCUGAUAGUGAAUCCGAUGAAGAUGAUAAUACGAAUAAGGAAGAAGAAUCUUCUCUUGAAAUAAAUCUCGCAUUGUUUGAUGUUGAUCAAAGUAAAGGAGAUUCCGAGUGGAAAUUACAAGAUGGUCAACAACUUGUUAAGGUUCUUAAUAGAAAGACAUCCGAAAUGGUUAAACAAUUUUUGGAAAAAGACAAAAAACAGCGAACCCUAAUUGUGAAGAGUGUUAUCAAGUUAGGACUGUCUUCGAUAAUUGAUUUAUCAUCCGAGUUCAAAGACGGGAUGUAUACAUGGUUUGAGAAAGAUUGGGCUGAUAUUAAAAGGAAAGUCUAUAAAAUUGUUGAUAUGAAACCGAAAGGUUUCGAGGGUGAAGUGAAAAAUGUAAUAGACAUCAUUGAAGAG